GCGAUGCCCUAAUACCGUGUGCCUCUUAAUACCGUGUAUUUGACAAAAAACUCAAAUAUUUUACUAACUGUAUUAUUUUUUUAACUGUGUAACUAGUUCAAUCAUUAGCAUAUUAAACCUUCUCAAGUUAGGCGUGAUAAAUUUAGCACAUAUUUACAAAAACAAGCUAUUAAAAAUAUUAACAGAAUGUGAGUGCAAAGUACCAAUACACGGUAUUAGAGCAUGGUUCCUUUUGUGUUCCAAAUACCGUGUUUAGGCUAAAGCUUGAAAACUGAAAAUAUUAUUGAUACUUUUUACUUUAUGAAUCAAUUGCACAAACCUCUAGGCAACGUUUGGCGUACAGGUUCUUUUAAGUAUGAACUUAGUAUGAUUGAUAUAGUGAUUAUUCAAACGACCACCAAUGUAUGCGGGUCGCAUACACGGUAUUAGGAACAAUGCUUUGUUUUAAAAUUUUGAUUUUAACAAUGGAUUAAACAUUUGGAAUUCCAUUAAUCAUAUUUAUUAUACAUAAUAAACACAAUAAGCAAUAAUAUAGCGUUUGAAAAAUCAAGAAACAUGGAUUAUUGAUUUUUACAGGGCUCUUUGAAGUGAAGAGCAUCCUUAAGGUCACGGUAUUAGGGCAUGGCACGGUAGUUGAGGGUUGGUGUCGCCAAUAUGGCCUUUCGGUAAAUCCGAGUAAAACAUCUAUUGUUCUUUUCACGGAAAAGCGAAACCGUAAUGGUGUUCGAACUUUACGUCUCUUUGAUUCUGAAAUCAAUGUGACUGAACAGGUAAAGUACGUUGGAGUUAUUCUUGAUUCCAAGCUUUCCUGGACACCUCAUGUUGAGUUCAGAAUCAAGAAAGCUUGUAUGGCCUUCGGGCAAUGCCGGCGAACCUUUGGUACAACUUGGGGUCUAAAACCCAAGUAUAUCAAAUGGAUCUACACAACUGUUGUUCGGCCAAUAUUGGCAUAUGGAUGUCUUGUGUGGUGGCAAAAGGGCGAAGUGAGAACGGUCCAAUCAAAGUUAGGCCAUCUCCAAAGGAUGUGCUUAAUGGCGAUGUCUGGAGCGUUCUCUUCAACUCCCACGGCAGCGCUCGAAGUUCUCUUUGACGUUGUCCCACUACACAUUCAUCUCAAACAAGAAGCACUUUCUUGCACUUACCGUCUAUGGGUACUCGGUUUACUAGAGGAAACUCCUGUGAACCGCAGUUCAACACACACCUCGUUGUUUCCACUUUUGGUGAAUUGGGACAAAGUUGUCCUUGCUCCAAGUGAUCUUACAAUUGCUUGUAAUUUUCCAUAUAGGAGAUUUUCCACGAAAUUCCCUUCCCGGGAAGAGUGGACAUCUGGUUAUCUGGAGAGAAGUAUUUCAGACGGCAUCGUAUGUUACACUGAUGGCUCCCUUCUAGAAGGUCGAGCAGGUGCUGGUGUUUAUUCUCGUGAGCUAAGGCUGUAUCAGUCUUAUUCACUUGGCAGACACUGCACCGUUUUUCAGGCCGAAAUCUUUGCUCUUAUGUGCGGAGUGCAAUCAGCACUUCAACAGCACGUAAUGGGCAAAGUAAUAUACUUCUGUUCAGAUAGCCAGGCUGCUUUUAAAGCACUUGCUUCGGCCAACUCCAGGUCGAAGAUAGUUAUCGCUUGUCGAACUCAAAUUGAGGAGCUGAAUUCAGCAAACGCUGUUCACCUUGUAUGGGUACCUGGCCAUUCUUCCAUCGCUGGAAAUGAAUUGGCUGAUGAGUUAGCUCGCACUGGAGCAUCACAUGACUUCAUUGGCCCUGAACCAGCUAUUCCGGUAUCCAAGUGUUGGGUGAAGCUUCGGAUUGACACCUGGGCUGCCACUCAGCACAAACAAUACUGGAAUAGUUUGGAGUCAUGUCGUCAAACAAAAUUGUAUUGUACUGAGCCAUCUCUAGGGGUGGCAAAGUAUCUAACAAAUCUGUCAAAGCAGAAUUGCAGCAUGCUGGUCAAAGCAUUGACUGGCCACUGCCGACUCAGUUAUCACAUGGCGAAUAUUCAGCAAGCUGAUUCAUUUGCAUGUGAUAGCUGUGAAUCCGAUUAUGGAACUUCGUAUCAUUUAAUAUGUAACUGUCCAGCUUUUGCGCAAUUGCGUUUCCGAGUACUCGGGAAACACUUAUUAAGUGAAACUGACUUCAGAAACCUGAAUCUUCAGGACGUUCUGUUGUUCUUGACCAGCUGUGGUAAAGAGCUAUAGGCUCUCUUUACGCUUUAUGCAUUAUCACAGUGCCCUUCUCAGGGCGCUGUUCGAACCCAUUGUGGCACGCUUAUGCGUUAUUACAGUGUCCUUUUCAGGACGCUAUGUGAACCCAUUGUGGUACGCUUUUGCGAGUAUGACGAUCCUAUUCCCUUACCUGUCCUUUCCCAUCUCCUAUCAUUUUUCCUUCCCUUCUCCGUCAGGUAAAUGAUGAAUAGGCUCGUGUUCAUGGCGAUGGCACAAAUUUCCCAAAUGGAGGAGAACGUGCCUCUAGAGCCGACCUACUGAUACCUGA